UUUGUCGCCAUAUUUAGCGAGAUUUCAGACCCCCCAAGCGACUUUUUUUGUAAAAAGCGACUAGCGACAAAUCUAGCUACUUUUUCUGGAGACUUUUUGAGACUCUGAUGUGAUGGCAUGUAACGUCCCUUUUUACUCUUAUGAGUGAGCAGUGAGUUUCAUGCCUGUUUCGCCCAAAGCGUUGCUCCUAUAGAUCUAACAGCUCAGACAACGUUAUUGGAAGGUGCAGCAACUUCGGAUAACCCUACCCUUGGACAGAAUUGUCAGCUAACUUUACAACAGCGAUGGCAGCAACUCAAAAAUGCUUCGCGAAAGGGAGUUCUCCUCCUGGUCCUGUUCCCAAGGGUCACAUCAGGCUGUACAGCAUGAGAUUCUGCCCUUUUGCACAGAGGGCCAGGCUUGUGCUUCAUGCCAAGGGCAUCAAACAUGAGACAGUCAACAUAAACCUGAAGGACAAACCUGAUUGGUUUUUGGAGAAGAACCCUCUUGGCGAGGUGCCAACGCUGGAGACUGUGAAUGGUCAGGUGAUCUAUGAGUCACCAAUCACAUGCGAGUAUCUGGAUGAGGUGUAUGCAGAGAAAAAACUGCUCCCUUCUGAUCCAUUUGAGAAGGCUCAGCAGAAGAUACUUCUGGAACAUUUCUCCAAGGUCACUCCGUACUUCUAUAAGAUCCCAAUGGGCAAGCAGAAAGGCGAGGAUGUGUCAAGCCUAGAAGCAGAGCUGAAGGGGAGGCUGUCUAAAUUAAAUGAGGUGCUGGUCAACAAGAAAACCAAAUUCUUUGGAGGAGAUUCUGUCACGAUGAUCGACUACAUGAUGUGGCCCUGGUUUGAGAGGAUGGAGAUGAUGGAGUUGACGCAUUGUUUGGAUGGCAAUGCUGAAUUCAAGAAAUGGGUCCAAUUCAUGCUGCAGGACCCUACUGUCAAGGCCACCAUGUUCAGCACUGACACCUACAAGGCCUUUUACAAAUCCUACACGGAUGGCAAACCAGACUAUGACUAUGGGCUGUGAGCUCCAUGGUGACUGUGAUGGAGACAUCGAUGAUUUCUGGCGGCCUGCCCUUGACUAGUCUUUUUAAUGUUGAUUUGACUGAAGCAAACAGGUGAAGAGGAAAGGUUCUGGGACUGAAGUCACUGAUCAAAUCUUACUGAAAUUUCAAUAAGGAUUUUUGUAAUCAAAACAAAAUGGUUUAUUUUCUAAUUUUUAAUGUAGGAUGUCU